AUGUGUACGACAGCUGUUCUCGUAUCAACACCUUGGUCAUUUACACUUGCAAGAACAGUUGAACGAUUAUUUCCAGGUAAACGAGGAGUUCAGAUUGCCAAAAAAAUAUUGACCAAUACGUUACUCGCACCGAUUAACAUAAGUCUUGUCUUUACAGCGAUUAUUCUUUUACAAGGUCAUUCACUUCGUACAGCAAGAACAAAAAUUAAAAAUGAUAUGCCAAAAACAUUCGUAAUUGGCUCAUUUUAUUGGCCAUUUAUUUCAUUUAUUAACUUUCGAUUUAUACCACUAGAUUAUCGACCGAUUAUUGGAAGUAUAGCUGGUGCUUUAUGGAAUAUUUAUGUUUCAUCAGCUGCUAAUAAUCCAAAAUUAAAUCCAGAUGGUUCAAUAAAAGCUUCAGCAGGACCAGCACCAACUUUACUUGCUGAAACAAGUGGAACAGGAGUACCGGCACUACAAGAAGCAUGGAAGACAGUAGAUCAAAAUAAAAAAGAUCUCUAG